GUGCUCAUUCUGUAGCGGACCGUCGAACCGAUUGGACUGUUGACGUCGAACGAUCUUGAAAAGGCUAAACGCGCGAAAUACAUAACGACACACGCGUAUAUAUAUAUAUGUGUAUAUAUAUAUAUAUAUAUGUAUAUAUACAUACAUGCAGUUUUCCAGUCGAUCAAACGAAGUCAACAUCGAGAAUAGUCGGUAUAAUUUUUGAUUAGAAGAAGAGGACGAAGACGAAGACGGAGGACGAAAUAAUAAAAGAAGACGGGAAAGAAGAAUAAAGGAAGACAAAGAAAAGGAAGAGGAAGAAGAAGAGAAACGGUGGAAGAGUUUUUUAAAAGAAAUUUUUUUUACUUUGCAAAAAGUCUACUCGUAGAAAGGUGUUGAAUUUCUAACACCGAUUUUCGAGUUAACAACGAUAAUUGGAUUCGACGACGAGUAGUAAUACCGAUCGACCGAGAGGAGACGUCGACGUUGAAACGAACGCGACAAAAGCUUUCCCCCUCGUUUUCUUUUUUAUUUUUACGCUCUAAGGAAGCACGAAAAGGAAAGCGAAAAAAAGAAAAACGACUUACUUUCGAAAUACGGCCGACGGUUCUAUAUAAUACGGGAAACGAAUAUUAUUUCCUCGUGUCCGUACGUUAAAGAAAUUGUUUUUCGAGAAUCGAAAUAAUUAUAAGCGUAGUUUAACAAACAUUUUCUUUUCUCUUAUUCUCCUUUAUUUUAUUUUUUUUCUCUCUCCUCGCAACCAAUACCACCACCAACACCAUCACCACCAACACCACCAACAACAACAAUAAUAACAACAACAACAACAACAACAACGACAACGACGACGACGACGACGUUAACACCAACAUCAACACCGUUAACACCGUUAACACCGUCAAAGCCGCCGUCGCCGCUACGCCGACACGAAGUUCUCAGAGUCGUUUUGAACUUUCUAGAGACGAAAGGCGCGUGGAGUUUCGUUUGAAAGAGUGAGAGGGAGUGAGGGAAAGAAAGAGAAAGAGAGAGAGAGAGAGAGAGUGUGGGAGGGAGAGAGAGAGAGAGAGAGGGAGAGGAAGGCAAAGGAUAAAAGAAGGAAACGAGAACGAGAAGGAAAGAGAAGGGAGAAAAAUAUAAUAAAAUAUAAAAAAGAAGAAAUAAAAAGGACUCUGCACGUAUAUUGUCGUAACUGUAACAACAACAACAACAACAACAACAACAGAGAUGGCGUUUAUGAUGCCUGUGAUGAAAAAUGAGUGGGACAUUUAUAAAACCAAUCGAAACCGUAGAUCUUCCGAAUGUUCGAAUCCUCGUGCCUGUCGCAGUAGAAAGGUAUCGGAAUGUUCGAAGUCUGCGGGUCCGUCAUUGUCUACGUCACCGGGUUCGGAUUUUUUAACUUCGCCAGCCCAUCGUUCAAUACCCUUGACUUCUCGACAUUUUUCAAGAGCAUCCUCGAGAGCGUCUCAGAGCUCGCUACAGAGCCCGAGCAAAAGUACCGGCUCCUCACCCCCAAAGACCGGUAGUUCGAAUUCCCUCAACAAGUUUCACAUUUGUCUCGUCGAUAAACUCAAGAGAAGUUUGAAGAAAGGCGACGACGACGAGGAAGAUCAAAGGAAUCUAUCAUGAAACAGCCCCGGGGUUUCGAGACGGACACGGGUGUCCGUUUCGAAACCGAUCGAGAUCCGUCGAACUUCGGCGCCCGUCGCGACAUUCGAGCCGAAUAGCGGAGUGGUGGCGCGAUCGUGUCCGGAUCAGCCUUCGGCGUGGUAAAUCAGAAGACGGGGGAGAGAGAGGAAGGAAAAAAAAAACAGAAGAAAAAAAGAAAAGAAAAAACAAAAGUAAAAAAUAAAACGAACAAGGAAAAGUAAAAAAGUAAACGAUCGGGAAAAGGAAAAUUAGGGGGAAAGAAAUGUAUAUGUAUGUGUGGUAUGUUGGGAUAUAUUAUGUCAGCUGCCGGAUGGAAUGAUAAUGAAGAAACAAGAAGAAGAUGAAAAAAAAAAAAAGAAUCGAAAGAAUUCGAUGAAGGAACGAUCUUGAAAUAUUAACAACACGAUGACGAUAACGAUGAUGAUGAUGAUGAUGAUGAUGAUGAUGAUGAUGAUGAUGAUGAUGAUGAUGAUGAUGAUGAUGAUGACGAUGACGAUGAUGAUUCAUUUUCUUGCAUUCUAUCAUCAAUGAAGAUAGAAAAUAGAGUACGAUCUACUCUUUUUCUCUCUCUUUCUAUCUCUAUCUAUCUAUCUAUCUAUCUAUCUAUCUAUCUAUCUAUCUAUCUAUCUAUCUAUCUAUCUAUCUCUCUUUUUCUCGUUCCCUCCCUUUCCUCCCUCAACAAUUUUUCUUUCCUUCCAAUUGAGAUAAGCUACGUUCGAAGAUUCAUGAAGAAAAGAAGAAGAAGAAGCAGAAGAAGAAGAAAAAAAAAGAACAAAGAAAAGGAAAAAGAUGGAAGAUUCGUGGCUGUUUUUUGUUCCUUCUUUUCUCUCUCUUUUUUUUUUCUUUUUUUUUUCUUUUUUUUUUUUUUUUUUUCCCCCAACGAAAUCGUAUUUUAUCUACGAAGAGAAGAAAACCAAUAGGAUUACCCGAAUGUUAUCAUCGAAGAAAGAAGGCUUCUGAUAUCGAUAUAUAUAUAUAUAUGUAUAUGUGUAUAUAUUGUGCUUGAUAACGAUGAGAGAAUCUGUUUAGAAUCGUCGCCGGUUGUCGCAGCUUUCUUCUUGAAGGUUUAACGAACGAAGAAGAGAAAAUGCGGAAGCUGCCCGAUGAUGUUGCGUGCAGUUUUCGGUGCAUCUACUUUGGUGCACCAGACACGACUAGGAUCGAGGUCAGUGCCAAUCCAGAACGACGUUUCGCCAAUUUACCGAUAUAACAUUUCUUUUUUUUUCUUUUUCUUUUUUUUUCUUUGUUUGUUUGUUUGUUCGUUUGUUUUUUUUUUCUUUCCUUUUGAAUUUAUUUUUUACACCCGCCACCCUCACUCACCACCCUUCUCUUCUUGACAGACUAAAAGUAAAGGAUCCUUCUUUUCUAUAGAAAUCAUUGGAAAAGAAAAAGAAAAAAAUGUUCACAUUUUUUUUCUGUUUUUUUUUUCUAUUUUUUUCUGUUUUUUUUUUUUGGUUUUUUUUUUUUAAAGAAUCGUUCUAUCAUUCAAAUUCGUUCAAUUAAUUAUUAAAGUUCCUUCUUAUUGUACUUAAAACGUUAGAAAAUCGAUUUAAGAAUCGUCAAAUGUGAGCUACGAAAAAAUCGAAUUCGUUUUUUUUUUCACCUGUUUGUCUGAAUUUCUCGACAAAAGUCUCGUAGAAAAUUACGGUUAUACUUCGAAAGGGGAAAAAGAAAG